GUGCAUUUCCUCUGCUGCUUGCUGUCAUGUGACGCUGUUGUUCAAAGAUCAGCUUGUUGGAGGAUUUUGAGUUGCAUUGCACAUUUUGGGAUAUAUCAUGGGUCGUCUUGAUGGAAAAGUAAUUGUACUGUCAGCUGCUGCACAGGGAAUUGGACGGGCUGCUGCUAUAGCUUUUUCUAAAGAAGGGGCCCAGGUCAUUGCAACCGAUAUCAAUGAGGACAAGCUGAAGGAACUCGAGUCCUACCAAGGAAUACGAACAAGAGUACUGGAUGUGACCAAGAGAGAACAAAUUGAAAAGCUGUGCAGUGAGAUUGACAGAAUUGAUGUCUUAUUUAAUGUAGCUGGGUUUGUCCAUCAUGGAACCAUUCUAGAUUGCAAGGAGGCAGACUGGGACUUCACAAUGAGUCUUAAUGUCCGAAGCAUGUAUCUCAUGAUUAAAACAUUCCUCCCAAAGAUGCUUGAUCAAAAAUCUGGAAACAUCAUCAAUAUGUCAUCUGUAGCAUCUAGCAUUAAAGGUGUUGUAAACAGAUGUGUCUAUAGCACGUCAAAAGCUGCAGUAAUUGGUUUGACCAAAUCUGUUGCUGCCGACUUCCUUGAACAAGGCAUAAGGUGCAACUGUAUAUGUCCCGGGACUGUGGACACACCAUCUUUAAGGGAAAGAAUCCAAGCCAGGCCUAACCCUGAACAGGCUUUAAAGGAAUUCUUGGCAAGACAACGGACUGGCAGAAUGGCUACUGCAGAAGAAGUAGCCCACCUAUGUGUGUACCUGGCGUCCGAUGAAUCGGUGUAUGUCACUGGUAACGAACACAUCAUUGAUGGAGGCUGGAGCCUAUAAGUCAUGUCAAGAUGGAUACUUGUUCUGCCUAGAAGCACAUAUGGGCUAUACUUCUUAAAACUACAGUACAAGUUGCAUGUUUUUUUUUUUU